GGGAUGAGGUGCUCCUGGCCCUCCGGCACACCCUCCUGGGCGGACCAGAGGAUGUCCACUGUGCUGGUCACUCCACACUCCUAUCAAGGCCGUGCUGGACAGGCUCAGUGACGACUCAGACACGUCAAAUAUCUUCCCUCAGAGGCACUGACAGGCUUCUACAGUGGUAGGGCUGAAACGACACAUCCUGGCGGGGGGCACCUUUGACAGCCCAGGACACACCUCCGCCCCGCCAGCAACCUCAUCACCCGACUGCUAGUUCAGGACCCAGCGCAGUGGUCCAACUCAGAAGAGAUUGCUGCCACGAGUACCUGGCUAGUGCCCCCCCUCUUAUGUACUAGCCCUGACCUUCAGCGACGACCCCGACCCCAUGGAGGCUCUUCAAGGUGGUGGAGACCCUGUUGCACGUUCAUCUGGUGGUGGAGUUCCCUGGCGGCGGCGGCGAGCUGUUGAACACCAUCACCUCGGAGGGACGCAUGACGGAGGCACGGGCAGCGGCAGUCUUCACACAGCCGGGCCUCAGACAGUGAGUGCCGGGUGCAGCAGGAGGCGCUAACUCUCCCCUACCCGCUGUUUGUCGCGCUGAACAUUGGCCCGGCGCUUGUGGCUGCCUUCCUCGGCUCUUAUGUGGAGCCCGUGGCUGCCGGCAGUGGCAUCCCGCAGGUCAAGUGUUACCUGAAUGGCGCCAAGGUGUCCUGCGUGGUGAGGAUCAAGACCCUGAUGAGCAAGGCCGUGGGGGUGACCUUCUCUGUGCUGGGAGGCCGGGCCGUGGGGAAGCUUUGCUCAUUGUUGAGGAGAGCAUUGGCCGGGGCCUCACUCAUGAUGGGCAGCCUCACCUGAGGUGGGUCGUGGUCACUUGCCACCCACCACUAGACGCACACUUGAUGAGAAUCUGGUGUUUGGCUUCAUGAUGUGAUUUUUGUUCAGUACUGGAGAGCAAAGGACUCACUCCUGUUCUUGACACAACGGCCUGAGGUCAGGUCGUGGGCAAGGUCUGUGGCCGUGAGCUGACCACCAAGAUGCUGCUGCCCACGGUGCCAGCCAUGGCCAAGGGCAGGGUGGCCAAGACUACAGAUGAUGGGCCACUCCUAGACAAAGAGGACCUGGACACACUGUUCUGCGGCACCAGCAGCAGCAGCCUGCACAUCCAUGGCCUGCAGGAGGAGGACGAGGGGACGUACAGGUGCCGGGCGGAGAACAGGGAGGACUCGCUCGACGCCGUGGCCCACAUACAGGUCCAAGUUGCUCCGAGGUUUCUGAGGCAGCCGGCCAACGCUCUCGCCUAUGAGAAGGAGAACGUGGAGCUGGAGUGCAGCGUGUACGGCCAGCCAGAGCCCUCGCUCCACUGGCUCAAGAACGGCGAGCUGCUGGUGGAGACGGAAUACCUUCAGAGUGUGAGCGGCAACAACCUGCAGAUCCUUGGCCUGGUGCGCCAGGAGUACACCGGGAUGUACCAGUGUGUGGCGCACAGCUCGCCGGGGACGCCCAGCUGUGUGUCCUUGAGUCAAAGAACGCGUCCAGAACGUGAGUGCAGCUCCUCCAGCGAGGGACGGGAUGAAUACAAGACCCAGAUCAGCGACCUAAGUCCCGGGAGUAACUACAUGGUGCGGGCGGCACACACCUCCGGCGGCCUGGUGGGCGCCUCCAUACACGAGAGUCUGAAAGUUGUCUCCACCUCACCCACCAGUCUGGAGGCCACUUGGUCGCCGCCCGUACUGGCCAAAACGCCCAUCACGGGAUACACCAUGUUCUAUACGCAGUUUUCUCCUCAGGUUGGGUCAGCAGAAGAACACGAAGUAAAGGUCACUGGUACGUCACAUGACCUCCAAGGCCUGGACCAGUUCACUGAGCACAGCGUGUGGCUCACCGCCGUCAACAGUAAUGGCGGGGGAGACGCCACCCCGGAGGUCACUGCCAGAACCUUCUCAGACGUGCCCUCAAAGGAGCCUCAGAAUGUGAGCGUUGAGGCUGCCAGCUCAAGGAGCCUCAUCAUCUGCUGGGAGCCUCCGCUGGCCGAGCACCAGAAUGGGAUCAUCACCAGCUGCAAGAUCCGCUACAAAGAGCGCGGCGAGUCAGGUUCCUCCAAGACCAAAGCCACAGACGGAAACAGAAGACUCUUUGCCCUCAAGAAAAGCACCACAUACUCCAUAAAGGUUUAACCCGUCUGCUGCGAUUGGCACAGAUAUCACAUUCACUGGUAACCUGAUAACAUACAGUCCCUGGUCUUUCUCUGCCUCUGUGGUGGAUAAUGGAGUGUUUCCCAUGUGGUAUUGGUGUGCUGGAUAUCUCUUCACUGGUAGCCUGAUAACAUACAGUCCCUGGUCUUUCUCUGCCUCUAUGGUGGAUAGUGGAGUGUUUCCCAUGUGGUAUUGGUGUGCUGGAUAUCCCCUCCCAUGGUGCAGGACUUACCUUUUCUUCAUUGAAUUGUAGCCACAGAUAAUUUUUGUUCUCGCUGUUCAUUUCCCAUUUCCUUCUGGUUCUCCUCCUCCUCCUCCUGUAACCCUCUCUUUCCUGUCCCUACUGAUCAUGUUCUCUUUUUUCCUCUUGCUGUUCCUGUGUUCCCGCCCUGCCAAAUAUUCUCCCGCGUCCUGCUUCUCGGCAUUUCCUUGAGCAGGUUAGUGCAGAGAGCGUAUACAGCUUAGGGUCGGAGAGGCUUUGACGGAGCUCAACCAACGUAAUGUACAGACUGAAGCGACACAGCGCCACAAAGAGAGCCCACGAGACCACAAUUACACACUGUACAUAUAUAACAUAAACUUGGGCGAGGCUGUGGAUUUUGAUGCAGUGGAUGUACAUUUUGAUCCAAUGACCCUGAUAACCUAAAACCGGUGAAUGUAUAGGAGGCGAAGCUACACACGCACACGCACACGCACACGCACACACACACACACACACACACACACACACACGCAAUAAUACAAUACCCGUCAACAUUACAAAGAGAAAGUAUUCUUCCCAUGAUAAAUACUGAUUAAAAAGUCUUGUGUGUGUGUGUGUGUGUGUGUGUGUGUGUGUGUGUGUAAUUCACCUUGGCCUGAUCACGAGUUGGACUCAGUCCCGCCAGCAGGUACCCUCCUGACGUGAACAAGUGCUCAUCAUCAUCGAUCUCUGGGUACUGCCAGGACCUCACACACCACACCCCCCAUCCCCCUUGCUCAAGGGAGGACAGUAACCACUCCUUGUCAACAGAAAGAAUCCGGCCUGAUGGGGGCUCAAACCGCUGCCUGUUUGGCCGUAAAGCCUUGCAGCGCAGCGCUCUACCGAUUGAGCUGUGUGUGUGUGUGCAUGUGUGUGUGUGUGUGUGUGUGUGUGUGUGUGUGUGUAGCCUCGCCUCCUAUACAUUCACUCUGGUUUAGAUUAGCAGCUGCUGCAGUCUGACUCGACUUGCUCUCCUGAUCAUUACUGCCGCAGGAAAUGACAUAACUGUCUUCUCCCACACUCUACCUUCUCUUCCUCGCUUUAUUCUUCAUUAUUAUCAUUACCAGAAGCUUUAUUACUCUGUUCCCCGCAUAAGGAGGACGAGGGGACAGACACAUGCGUUUGGCUUCCUGAUGCAAUACAUAUUAUCAAGGGAAGCAUGAUAGCAAGAGAAUAUUGAGCUACACACAACUUUUACUACCAUUAUUAUUGGCAAGAUUGUCACGUGUAAGGAGGACGGGGAGGCAGGGACAUGGGUUUGGCUUCCUGACACAACACGCAUCAUCAGAGGAAGCAAGGCAGCAGGCGAAUAAUGAGCAGCACACAACUAUACGCAUACAAUUCCAGCACUGCCGCCAGGUAAGAUCACGAGACUAACAAUGAGGAGCCCAACAACAUCGUUACGUCCGCAUUGCAUCGCUUCACAUCUUAUCCGCCCCCAGUUACCAGCGCAUAGAAGCUCCUGCCCUUCCCCAUUACGCGUAUAUCA